ACUUUCUCAAUAGACGAACGCGCGUAUUCCGGUAGUAGCGCUACGACAAUGAAGUGUAAAAAUUGUGGUUGCUCUAAUUUAGAAGAAGAUCGCGCACGGGCUGAUUUAAUAUGUGUCGACUGUGGGAUGGUUAUGGGAGAAAAUGUCAUCACAUCGGAAGUGGAAUUUGUCGAGACCAGUACUGGUCAGUGUGCUGCAGUCGGUCGUUUUGUCUCAGACGAAAGUCAGGUGGGAAAUUUUAAGGAGUCACGACAAGCAACAGAAAAUAAAGGUAAGUCCGAGCUUCACCGUAGCAGUUGGAGAGUCAGACUUCAAAUAGUUAUUAUGAUUAGAGACUUCAUCGCAGAUUUUUUAUUUCUUCUAAACUUGUCUGAAGUUUUUCUAUAAACUAGUGGGUGAGUCCAUCGAUCUUGCCAAACUAGGUAACUGCGUGUGUAACGAGUUACCGUCCGUGGGCUUAUUCUCGUUAGUUUAUAUUUUGGAUAGUUUUCUCUAGUUUGGUUUCGCUGUAUAUCACUGGUUAGCAUAAUUUAAUUAUAUCUACCAAAAUUUCCAGCCAGUCUUAAACUGGCCAAAACUCAAUUGCCUAAAACUUCAAAGUAAACACAUUACAAUCUCACAUCGCAGUCAACUUUGCAAAUUGUUUUGAAAAUAACUAGUAGUAAUUUAAAAUCUGAAAAAAUUACUAUUUGUUGUACACAGUGGGUUGAAGUCAUUAUACGAAACAUGAAAGCUAUACUGGCGUUUUAAUUAUUAGUCACCUGUUUCUGUCUUUUUAUUUCGUUACUUCCUUCAAUUAUUAUGGUUCGUGGUUGUAUGUUUACCUUUUUUCUCGACACAGUAAAUUGAAGUAAUGGUCAGUUCACUCUUAAAAACACUGUGUAAUUAUUCACAUUUAGCUACCUUCACUCAUCUUGGCUUGGAACGUUACCAAUCGCUAAAAUGUUUUAAAGUAUUCAGUAUUCUCUGAGUUGUUUAUCAUUCAUAAGCCCAUGGGUAAAAUAUGAGUAACAUACGGUCAAAACGUUUCUGUAUCAUCAUACCGCGCCAACGGUACGGGCCUUCUGGUUUUGGUCCACAUUUGGCUGUAAAUAAUAGGUGAAAAAUAAGUGUUAUGAAUAAAUUAUUUUGUGAAGACUCACACUCAUUAUUUAUCUUUCAUUUCAUUUCUCUUGCUUUAUUGGCAUUAUUGUCUUUUUCAAAUAUUUGCUUCCAGUUUACUUCCAAUCUAUGGUAUAUGAGAUGUCACAACUUGGACCGGGACAUUUGUAAUAAAUCACGAGACUUGUUUGUUUUUCACUGUCAUACCAAAUUUUAGCAUUUUUAAAUUGUGGCUAACAGUGGGAUCCAGGAUGUACUUCUAAUCAUAUUUUGAAAUGUUUAUUUGAUCUACCUUAAUCUCUGUUUUGAUCUUCACACUGAGAAUUAAACUUAGUACCUAUCGCUUGAGUUGCCAACGCGUUAUUCGCUGGGCUGUCCAAAAAGUAGUAUUAGUCAAAUCACUCGGCACAUGGUGGUUCACAUUUUCAAUCGCAUUCUAAAAGGAACUGUAUAGAAAUGAAUGUUUUUUUCCACAAAUCAUAUAACCAGAUGACUUUGUUAUUGAUUUGUAAUCAUAAUGUGUUUGUCAACAAACUUCAGAUUUUCAAAAAACUCAUCAAUUAGUGUCUUUUGCCAGUGUACAUUUUAUCUGGUUUGUAGAACGAUUUCUGAUGCCUGAGCGAUAUUUUAGUGAGUUACACAGAUUCGGUAGAUGAAUUUCCUUAAUUCUGGUCAUUAUUAUGUGCUAGGUUAUAAAUGAUUCAAUCAGCCAAAUGCACUUUUAAGAUAAUAGUAUGCUAGUUUCAGGCGACGAACAUUUUAAUUACCAGUAAUCUUAUUCUGUUUUGUAUACAUUUGUAAUUACUGUCCUAACUUUGUUGUAGCGCGUCGAAGGAUUGACACUAUUUGUGGCCAGUUACGCCUUGGCAAUGACACGGCUGUAUCUGCUUUCCGUUAUUAUCAAAGCGCACUUUUUCGUGGGCUAACAAGAGGUCGUAGUGCCUUUACAGUUGCUGCAGGUUGUAUUUAUUUAGCAGCUCGUCAGUUGCGCGUCAAUUUGAUGUUACUAGACCUCAGCGAUGCAGUGGGUGUUAAUGUUUACGUCCUUGGUCGUGUUUAUGCAGACUUGAAGAAGCGACUCAAUCUAGCAAUACCAGAAAUGGAUCCUUGUAUAUAUAUCGACCGUUUCGCUAGUCAGCUAGAGUUUGGAGAUAAGGUGUCAGUAGUUGCUACAACUGCUAUGCGUUUACUACAGAGAAUGAAAAAAGAUUGGAUCGCUACUGGUAGAAGACCCAGUGGAUUGGCUGCAGCAGCGUUACUUGUUGCUGCUCGCAUUCAUGAAUUCAAUAGAACAGAAGAGGACGUAGCUCGAAUUGCUCGAAUAAGUCAAAGUACUGCUCGGAAGCGUUUAGAAGAAUUUGGUCGCACUCCAUCAUCUGCUCUUAGCAUCGAAGCAUUUUUUUCAGUUGAUUAUACGGAGGAACAAGACCCACCAGCAUUUGUUGCUUCAAUGAAACAGGAAGAUGAGAAAAUAAAAAGUAUGUCCGAGGGAACGAUGGCUCGUAUUACUAUGGAAAUAUCAGAAUUAGAACGUCGUAUAGAUAGUGAAUUACAAAAACUGGCUGGAAAGUAUACUGCACGUACUAUCUCUACACAACUGUCCAAAAUAGAUGUUGGUUGUUCCAAGGGUGUACACCAUUUACUAGCUGAGACAGAUUCACUCAAAACAUUUGAACUUCUAAAUGACUUACAAAAGUUACCUAAUAAUAGUGUUGAUUGUGGCAAUACAGUUACUACUAGUACAACAACAACACCUAUUACAGUUGAUAAUGUUUUGAAUCAAUCUAAAACUGGUCAAGUUCGUGGAAUAUUACGUGAUGUUUUAGAUGGUUUAAUCGAACCAGAAUUAUUAGAUAGUUGUGUUGAAGAUUUACAUAUUUUAACUCAACAUUCUGGUACUAAAAUGUGUCAACUUUUAGCCGAAGCUGAAGAGCAUAGAAAUUUGGCUUCUGUAAGUAAUGAGCAAAAACAAAUAGUACAAAAUGCCGAUUCUAAACCACCUGACAUUGAAGAAACAAGUAUCACUGAGACAAAAUCCAAAGAUACAACGUGCUUGAAACUGCCGGUUUUCAUUUCAUCAGCAACUAUUACUACAAAGAAAGAAAAUAAAGUCGAAGAUGAUGAUACUUUGUAUACUGAAGAUAUUGAUGAUGAAGAAUUAGAUCGAGAGUACUUACUUCAACCUAGAGAAAUAAUGUUGAAAGCAGCUAUUUGGUUCAAAGCAAAUGCAGAGCAUCUGGAACUGUCAAGAAAACGAAAAUUAGCUAAAUUACAAAAACAACAACAAGAACAACACGAAGAUACUAAAGGUGGUUCUAAAAAGCGUAAGACUGUCAAUCGUAAUAAUUAUACAUCAACAAAAAUAAAUCGUAAUGUCUUUCCCAGAACAGAAGAUUCAAAACCUAUAUCUCGUAAAAUUAAUUACGAAGCACUUGAAGCAGUUGUUGGCCUUUCAACAACCUGUCCAUCAGUUGAUUUGAUCAAUAAUAGCUGUAAAACUGUAUCGGCGACUGAUGUUGACAAUGCCACUGAACCAAGACCUGGUCCAUUACUUGCAUCCACCUUAUGUGAUAAUGAUAAUUCUAAAGAUUUAUUCAAAUCACCUAAACAUAUUCGAGAUAACAGUAAACACAAGUCGCUUGCAUCUUCUACGAAUCUAAAAACUUUAUCCAAUAUUAACGAUAAUGAUAAAAGUGCAGUAAAAAAUCAAGGUUCGGAUGCUAACAACAAUAAGCUUGACGUUGAAGAGGAGAACGACAAUGAAGCAGAAGGAGAAGAGGAAAACGAACAAAAUAUUGAUGAAAAUAACAUGUAUAAUUCAUAUUUACCUAAUUAUAGUCAUGGAAUAGAUGAUGAGGAUGAUGAUAUAGAUUGGUCUACUGGUGCUGAAUUAUGGUGACUAAUAGAUUUGUCACUAAACAGCAAUAAUAUCCCGAGUGUGUAUAAAUGUAUAAGUAUAUAUGUAUUUAUGUAUUUAAAUAUCCCUUGUUCGUUUGUUUACGUUACUUAUUUGCAUUUGAUUUCACAUGUUCAUUGAAUUGUAAAAUAUUAUCAUAUACAUUACAUAAUUCUGUUCUAACUUUAGUAUUUAAUAUCUUAGCGUCUAAUAAUUUUUUUAUAAAACUUAUUUACUUUCGAAGAUAACCAAAAGGUGAUUUUUCACAUCUCUGUCAAUAUGUUAAUUUUAUAAGUGAAUAUUCUAGAUACUUAUUGUUUCACUCAACUAUUUUUUAUUUAUUCUAUAGAUUAUUAAAUUAUUUGUUUCG